AUGACUAAAAGCAGUAGCUGCAGUAAGCAAAUUAAAUCCAACCUUCUGCCAUUUAAUAUAAUGUAUCAUAAUGUUCAGUCUCUGACUAACAAAUUGCAAGAUCUAGAAAUAAUACUGUGUUCUGACCUAAAUGUUGAUGUUAUCUGCAUAACAGAACAUUGGCUAGAAGAUCCACAAAUAGAGACACUAAAGAUCCCUGGUUUUUCCCUAGUCAGUUCAUUUUGCAGGUCUUAUUAUAAACAUGGGGGGAUAGCUAUCUUUGCAAAGCAGGAUUUAAGGUACAAGGCAAUCCAAACAUAUCCUGAACUGAACAAAGAAAAAGUCUUUGAAAUGGCAGCUGUGGAACUUACAGACAUUCAACUAGUUAUUAUAACUAUGUACAGAUCCCCUGAUGCCAACACAGAAGAAUUCCAGUGUAAAUUUGAUAUGAUGUUAAGUAUUGUAGAACCAAAGAAAAAGAAAAUCAUUUGGGGAGACUUCAACAUAGACUUUUUGAAAUCCUCAAACUACAAAGAUGAAUUACUAUAUAUGACAAAGAGUUUCAACUUAAUGCCCACAGAAAAUACACAAACAAGAAUAACUAGGCAUAGUAAAACUGAAUCAGACCAAAUUUUUAUUCAAGAAAACUUUUCUCCAUACAGUAGUGAAGCAGUUAAGAUAGGAUACAGUGAUCAUGAGGCUGUGUUGUUAUCACUGGAAUUAUGUUCAGAGAAAAUAUCUCCCAUUAAAAUAACUGAGUGCAGGGAUUUCAGUGAUAGCAAUAUAGCAAAAUUUUGCAACAUAUUAAGCCGAGAAACAUGGGAUGAAGUGUUCAAUGAAACAGAUGUAAACAGAAUGUUUGAUAACUUUCAUGGAUCAUAUGAGUACUAUUUUGACAUAGUCUUCACACUAAAGCAACAUAAAUUAAAACCAACCAGAAACAAAAGUUGGAUUACUAAGCACAUAAAAAUCUCCAGUGCAAGGAAAAGAGUUCUACAUUCAUACAAAAAACAAAAUAAUAUAUCAUCAGAAAUGCAAAAUUAUAUCAAAGAAUACAGUAAGAUCUACUACAAAGUUAUUAACGACACAAAGAAAAAAGAAUUGUACUUUGGCAAAGCUGCAAAUGAUCUUAUCCAAAGCAACUUUCAGAAUACUAAUAUGCACUACAUUGAGAACUAUAAAUCUCCCAUGGGGGUCUAUGUUUCUCAAGGAGAUCCACAGAGUGAGCUCAUACUGGCAAUGAGCUCAUUAAAAUAUCAUAUUGUAGAACCUCUGAAGCAUAUUGUUAAUCACUCCUUUUCCACAAGUACCUUUCCAAAUCGUCUAAAGAUUGCAAAAGUAACCCACUUGCACAAAAAGGGAGCCACAGACAAUGUUAACAAUUCCAGACCAGUAGCACAGCUUAGUGGCUCCUCAAAGAUCUUUGAGAAGCUCUUUUAUAAUAAGUUGCUAGAGUUUGUUAACAAAAACUCACUGUUGUCAAAUCAUCAGCAUGGCUUCAGGCAAUCUAGCUCCACAACCACGGCAGUCUCUUCACAAAUAUAUAACUGGCACAGUAGUGAAUGGGAGCUACAAGAUGCUCUACAUCAGGGGCAUCCAGUCAUUUAA